GUUAUCACUCGUGAAACAUAUGUCUGUAUUUUCUUGUUUCGUCUUGGUCUUCCAAACCAUGUCUUAAACUCUGAAGCAACAAUUUAAUAUAAUUGGACGCAUUGUCUAUAUGUGGUCAUUUUUAAGCAUUCCGUGAGAUUGAAAAGAUCUUGCAAUAAAAAGUGAUAUCUUUCGACGUACUCAGCUUAUAAGUGAUUUAUAAUCGUAUUUUGGGUAAAAAAAAUUAGAAUUUAUAAAUUUCAAAAAUGCAAUUGAUUUCUUCUGUAAAUGUUUGAAAAGAAAUGUAAAUACUGUAAUAAUAUAAUUGUAACAAUCAAUUAGUAUUUAUAUGGUUAUAAUUUAGUAUAACUGAAGUCCUACCAUCAAUUCAUGUUAACUGAAAACACAAGGCCAUUACCAACUUCGCACAAGUAAUAAUGAUGGAUAAAUGGUUGGAUUCAAAUGAUCUAGUACCAUACGACAACCAAGUUGGAGGUCAUAAGUUUACUAAAGAAAAACCAUUGUUAGGUUUAUUGAAACAUAAAGAAGGUUACAUAUUGAAAUCAGUAGAAGGUGGUACUAAAGGAAAAAAUGAAGUACGAUUUUAUGAAGAAUUAAGAAAAAAUGAAAGCCUAAUAAAUCUCAGAAAAUUAGUUCCAUUAUAUUAUGGUACUGUUACUCUUGAAAUAAAUGGUUUAGACAUAACAUUCAUUAUCUUGGAUGAUAUUACCACAGACAUGAAAAAACCGUGUGUGAUGGAUGUAAAAAUAGGUUCACAGACAUGGGAACCAGGAUGUUCAGAAAAAAAAAAAAAUGAUGAAAAUGCUAAAUAUACAAAUUGUAAGGAGCAAUGGAGUUUUUGUAUACCAGGUUUUCAAGUGUACGAUUUAUCAAAUUCAAAUUUGGUACAACCACAGAAAUAUGAUAAAGAAUUUGGCAAAAGUUUAGAUCCAGGACAAGUUAUCUCCGUGUUCAAGACAUUUCUAAACUUAAACAGUGGAUAUCUAGGUCUAGAAAAACUAGUUCAAAGCUUUACAACCCAAUUGGAUCACAUAAGACGAUAUUUCCAAACUCAAAAACAUUACCAUUUUUACUCUAGUUCGGUUCUAUUAGCAUAUGAUGCAGAAACAUUAAAAAAUGACAAAAACACUUUUCCUUCGAUAAGAGUAUCAUUAAUAGAUUUUGCACAUGUAACUCCAGCUGAUGGUAACAUUGAUUUAAACUAUUUACAAGGUAUUACUAAUUUAUGGACAUUGUUCCGAACACAAUUGUUACACAACAAUUAAUAUGAAUCUCUUCAAUUGUUGGUGCCCAAUACUUAUUAAAUUAAUUUUUUUUAGUUUUAAUAUUUAGCUUUACUUAUCUUACUUUGUUCAUUAUUCUUGUUUAUUAAUUUUGUCGACAACAAAAAUUAUAUUUUAUUUCACAUCUAAAACCCAUACACAAUCAUGAAACAGUAAUUUUAUUUUCCUUUCUUAUAAUGUAUUUAUUUAAGAUAAAAUUUAUAGAUUUUAAAUACAAUUUGUGUACCUCAAUAUAUAUAUAUAUAUAUAUAUGUAUAUAUUUAUAAUUUUUUGAAAUGUUUAAAUCAAUUAAUUUUGAUGGAAUUUGAUUUAGUUAUCAAAUUAAUUUGAUGGAAGUUCAAUUAACAGUUGAUUGGUGGAUUAUAAUGGUUAAUAUUGUUUUGUGUUAUGAAAUAAUAUAAAAUUAAUUUAUUUUUAAAACUGUGAUCUUGUAGCCAAUUUUAAACAUUCAUAAUUAAUAAUAAAAAUUAUAUCAUUGAUAUACAUUUAUAUGUAUAUUUAAUCAGUGGUAAUAUAUAUAAUAAAAAGUUAAAACCAAAACUUUUGUUGUAAAUACAUAUUACAUUGUAUAUAAAACAAUUUUAACAUUUUAUUUUGUUAUUCAUAAUUAUAUUUUACAUAAUUAUUAUGUGUUCAAGAUUUAUUUUUACUUGUUUUAAUUUGAAAUUAUAUUAUUUAAACUUUGUAAGAGUAAAAGUUAAAAUAUAUAAUACAAAAAUUAAAUUGUUUA